CACUUUAUUGCCAUCAUCUUUAACUGUUAUAUAUCCGUUUUCAAAUACUGUCUGGUUUUACAUUUUCGUUAUGUUGAUAUUGAUGACAGGUGUUCAUCAUUUGAUCACUACCUUGAACUUGAGACACCUGGGUAACGAUGCAUCACAGCCACCACUAGAAAAAUCAAUAUUUGAUAUGAUAUCAAUAUAUUUGGAUCAAGGAGUUUUUCUCAACUCUAUUUCUUCAUCGUACCGAGUACUAAUAUCAUUCGUACUUUUAUCAGGAGUUGUUUUGAGUAAUUCAUAUUCAAGUGGCCUUGCCAGCGUAUUGACAGUACCCAAGUAUGGAAAACCAAUAGAGACGAUACAUGAAUUUUCACAGACCACAUACCGAUGGGGAGCUCCUGCCAUUGCUUGGAUUUUAUCACUGAUAGGCGUUGAAAAUCACGAUAUAAGGAGCGUUGUUGAUAAAUUUGAUAUCGUACCCGAAGAUGAACAAUUGUACCAGCUAUCAUUGGCAGGUGACUACGGCCUUGGUGUAGAGUUGCUCAAUGGCGGUAGUUUUGCCUUUGGAUCGUUCAUCCGGGAAGAUAAUGUCCGAUCGUUCGACAUAUUAAAAGAAGAGUUCUAUUUCACAUACACCAUCGGAUAUGCGCAACGUGGAUGGCCACUGAUGGAGUACUUCAACAAGUUCAACCUGGAAGCAAUUCAGUUUGGAUUUCUCAUUCAAUGGGAGAAGCAGACGAUUCGAAAGUAUUUGAAUCAUCGAGUUCAUGAGGCCUUGGUAGAAAUUGCUGCCGGACAUAAUGAGGUGGAUGGGCUUGGUCCAUUGACAACGCAGCAUAUCUUGGGAUCAAUAAUCAUUCUCGGUAUUGGGUCGUCGGUCUCUUUGAUAAUCUUCGUUUGUGAGUUCAUUGUGUCUUCAUUGCACCGCUACUUUAGAAAGAUGAACAGAAAUCAGUUUUUAGGUUCCACCACACGCUUCACAGUAAUCCAUGGUAAAUAAUGUUCCUUUGGCAUGGGACAGAACAUUUUAUUCAACUUUCUCAUGAUAUAAAACCUACUUUCCCAAUGAGAUUUGUGAAAUCAAUUAAAUUAUUCAAAGAUCAAUAGUUUUUGUAUCAAUCUUAUUACAAGAGAUAUAAGCGCAUCUCAUCAAAAGAAUAGCAAAACUAAAAAGAACAGUUAUC